AUGGCUGGGCGAGUUUUCUUUGUCACUGGAACGUCGAGCGGGUUUGGCAAGAACCUCGUUGAAGAGAUAAUUGCCAGAGGUGAUAAAGUUGUUGCGGCUACACGGAACCCAAGCAGCUUGAGCUUCGCUGCCGCUGGACCAGAAAACUUUGUCUCGGUGGCUCUUGAUGUCACCGAUACAGAGUCGGUCAGCAAGGCAUUUGACAUUGCCCUGGCCACCUUUGGACGGGUAGAUGUGGUUGUCAACAAUGCAGGAUUCGGCCUUUGUGGUUCAUUUGAGGAGCUUGACGAGGCACAAAUAUCGCAGCAGAUGAAUGUCAAUUUCUUUGGAUGUAUCAAUGUCACAAGGAAAGCCAUACAGGUCAUGCGCGAGCAAACCCCCCGGGGCGGCCUUAUACAGCAAAUUUCAAGUAUGGCCGGUCAGAAAGGUAUGCCUACUUUCAGUAUAUACUGUGCCAGCAAAUGGGCUCUUGGUGGCUUCACGGAAGCUGUUUCACAGGAGAUGAAGCCGGAAUGGGGAAUCAAGUUCACUUGCAUAGAGCCUGGAGGCUUCCGAACGAACUGGGCUGGGCCAUCGAUGGUUUUCCCCAAGCGCAGGCUUGAUGAAUAUAAUCACCUUAAUGCCAAGGAGAGGAUGAGCAAGAGACAUGGUACACAGGGUGGAGACCCACUCAAGGCCGGUAAAGCGAUCUAUGAGCUUGCUGUUAUGAAGGAGCCUCCUACGAGGAUUGCCCUGGGUUCAGAUGCGUAUGAUUUGGUGAUGGCAAAGCUAGAUGACUACCGUCAAAUUUAUACUGGGUUUGAGGAAUUUUCAAGAAGCACAGAUAUCUGA